AUGGACCUUGUGGACCAGAUGGACUAUCUUCCUACGCUUUCGCGUCUGGAUUUGGAACGCUAUUUUAGAAGGCCGCUUUAUCAAGCCAUCCUUGACAAAUCUGGACGUUUACACCAACCGAUGAGGUUUGCUUCGGCGGACGAUGUGGAUCCGUUCCGGCUAAUUACGAUUGGGCCUCUCAACUCUAAGUUUGACUACGACAGACUUCAUCGCCUAGUGGAUGUCCUAUGCAUCAAACACUCUCUCCCCGUGCCAGCUUUUGUCGACAUGACUGGCGAUGAAAAUUGGGGGAUUUUGGUAUAUCAUAAUUUCUUGAGGAGAAAAAUAUAUGACAUAAGCACUGCUUCCAUUGCCAUUAGACAAUUUCCUUUCUAUCCUCUACUCUCGAUUGAGAGUCAGUACGGUUGGUAUCCUUAUCGCUCGAUACUACGUCUCGAAAGUCCCUUUCCUUCAGCUGUGAAGGACUCAAUGUCCGACUCUGAAUCAGGUUCUUCAGUUUCUUAUCGUGUAACAUCCCAAGAGAAAGACUCUGUAGUAGGGAAUUAUUCUGACUUUAAUUCUGAUGUAUCUUCUCAAGAAAAUGACAAUGGCAAUCUGGUGUCUUCUCAAGUAAAGGAGGAUUAA